AUGAUCGCCCGCCUCGCGGGCCUGACGCCCGAGCUGCCGGCUUCGGGGCGUGUGCCGCCCCAGGCGUGGGAUCGUUGGAAGUGGAGGUCGCGCAACGCGAGCUGGGAGUCGCUCAGCGACAGGGCGCGCUGGUCUGCGGAGCGUCCUGCGUACUUCUCGCAGGCGCUCAUGGCCGCGCACACGGAGGCGUCCCGGGCCGCCAUCCGGGGCUACAUCGGGCUCCGCAAGAUGAAGAUUCCGUUGUCGCUGGCCCUCCUCUCCAAUGUGCUGGCCAUCGCCGCGCUGCGGUCGGGCCCCGAGCUGUUUCAGGUGUGGGAGGUGAUCUCCCCCUGCGUCCAGAACAUUCUCCUGCGCGCCUACCUGACCUCCUUCCUCGGUUUCUUCACGGGCUUCUCCCUGAACAACGCCUUCCAGCGCUUCUCGCGCGGGCUGGACCAUGUCCAGCAGCUGUCGGUCCACCUGCGCACCGGCACCGACCUGGUGCUCAGCCUGCUGGCAGGCAGCGGAGAGCCCGGCACCCCCAACAUCGACCGCAACGCGGAGGAGGUCGUGUCCUGGACGAAGGUGUACUUCAUCCAGGCCUGCAGAGGGCUGCAUAGCGUCACGCUCCGCACGAAGCGCUCCAAGCUGGACAGGGCGAUGGAGCAGUGGGAGACGUUCCUGUCGGAGCAGGUGGUGCUUUCGGCGGCCUGCGUCUCCGCCGUGGCCGCCCACAGCGACGUCUUCGUGUCGACGCUGCAGAUGGAGCUGCUCUGGUGGCGCUGGCUCGCGCCGGUGCUCGGGAGCUGCCCGGUGGACGUGCAGCCGUCCAGGAAGAGCUUCGACGCCGCGCGCAGCAGCUUCCACGCCGCCCACCUGCUCGCGAGCGGCAUGACCUUCCCGAUCACCAUGCGGCUCCUGGAGGUGAUCAUGUACCUCUUCUGUCUUUGCCACCCGUGGCUGACCGUCCAGGCUUUCGGGGCGUGGAGCUUCCUGCCCACGCUGUUCGUCACGUGGCUGUUCUUCUCCGCCCACCGGAUGAGCAUCGAUCUGUGGGAGCCCUACGGCGUGAAAUCCGGGCGUCGUGGACGUCGAGCUCUUCGGGCGCGCCCAGACCCUCUGCGAGCAGCUGGACAACAUGCUGAGCCUCUGGGCCGGCGGCCACUACGCGCCGCUGGACCUGACGGGGGGGGCGCACUUCAGGCUAACCCGCAGCCCCUUCGACGGCACCGCGGGGUCGCCGCUCCGCGUCUGACGCGGCGCCUCCUCCCCGCGGCCUCCUCGCAGAGCGCCCGCGCCGUGCUGGCUGGCGCGCGCGCGCGGAGGACGGCGCGCGGGGCGGUGGCGCGGCGGCCACUGGCGGCGGCCGCGGCGGUGGCACGGCGACCGUUUGGCGGACCGUCGGGGGGGGCCGGCGAGCAGAGGCAGCACCAGGAGUAGGGCCUAGGCGCGCCCUGAGACCCGACGCCGCGGCAACAACCCUGCCCCAGGACCCGAGAUUGGGCGCCAACGCCCUGUGCGAGAAAAAAUGGCAUCGCCAGGAUCUCGGGGUCCCUCCCCCCUUGUUCGCCCUCCUCGGCGGCCGCCCUCCGCUGGAGGAGCGAGGGGGGGCGAGGAUCGCCGCAGCGCGCCCGCAGAGCUCCGGCAGGGCUCGCGCUGGCGGG